AAGAUUGUCAAAGUCCUGAACAACCAAAUGACAUGGAUUCAACCCCAACAGCUAGAAAAGGAUCUUUUGGUGAAAUGGAGGAUUGUGAUGAUCAAACUUUGAAUCACCUAGACUCUUCCUACAACCAUUCUGGAGUUGUUGAUUUUACAGAUCCACCUCAUUCUGGAUCCACACCUCGGCAGCCCCAGCCCUUCAGCUCUGAAAAUUCUGGAUCUGUUCCACACAUGGAUGAGGGAGACACGGUUGUAUGGAAUCCUGAAGAGGACCUAAUUGGAUUGGAUGAUGACAGUGACAUAGUCGUUGUAACACUAAAUUAUGACAACACUGAAGAAGUUGUACAGGACGAUCUCAGCAGUCCCUUUGGACACGGUUCCCCGAUACUGUUGCCUUCAGCCAGGAGUCUCUUCUCAUCACAAAUGCAAACCAGUAAUAUGGAGGCAGGACAAACUGGCCAGGACUCUGGCUUGAUUCCACCCGAAGAUUCUCACCCAAGUUCAAGCGGUCUACUGCCCCAAUCUGUUUCAGCUGGUAACUCAGAAAAUCUAGCAAACCAUCUACAUGUGUCAAUUCGCAGGAUCAAGGUUGUGGAAGAUCUUUUGGCUGUGUUUAUGGAAAACAACCUUUUGAAUCAGACUUUAAAAAUGGAGUUUGUGAAUGAAAGAGCAAUCGAUGAUGCUGGGGUAUCAAGGGAGGUUUACACUGCAUUUUGGGAGCAGUUUUUGGAACAGUGUGAGGGUGAAACAGAGCGAGUUCCCAGGUUGAGGCCUGACUUUUGUGAGUCUGAAUGGCAAGCCAUUGGACACAUUUGGGUCAAAGGAUUUCUAGACCAUGGAGUCAUUCCAGUGAGGCUAUCGAAAGCUUUCAUUUUAGCUUGUGUCCAUGGAAUUGAAUCAGUGGAUGAUGAUGUAUUGAUCCCAUCAUUUCUCAACUACCUCCCUCUAGUAGAGAGAUCAGCUGUUGAGAAGGCUCUACAGGGCACCAUGGAUCAAGGUGAUGAAGAGGACUUGCUAGACCUCUUCACAAGGAUGGGGUCCCACUUCCUGCCUCCCAAUGAGAACAUUCAGCAGGCCAUUGAAACCAUGGCUCACAAGGCAAUUCUUCAAGAGCCAAAGUAUAUAUUGGAUUGCUUCUCCACAUCCAUGGCAUGUGUACAAGUGGAACUUGCUGACAAGAAAAGUCUGUUGUCUUUGUAUGAAAAAAAGAAGGCCUCAGGUAAAAGACUGUUACAGCUGUUUGAAUCAGCAAAUGUGACGCUGUCCCAGAGAGAACAGACAACCUUUAACCACCUUCAACGUUUUGUAAAAAAUGCUGAUGAAGACAAGGCCGAAAAAAUACUGCGUUUCUGCACCGGCUCUUCUGUAAUCUGUGUUGACAAAAUUCUCAUUUGUUUCAACACUGAAACCGGGCUUAAUAGAAGGCCUGUUGCUCGCACCUGUGGAGCUACCCUAGAACUUCCUUGCACUUAUAGUUCUUACCCAGACUUUCGCACAGAGUUCGACAACAUCCUCUCCAGUAAUUACUUUGAAAUGGACAUAAUUUGAAGUUGAUGGGAGGUAUUUACAGCACCUUUUUGUUUUGGUUGUAAAUUUUGAAUGCAGUUUUUUUUUUUUCUAAAUUUCAUAUUUAAA